AUGAAAAUAGAGUUUGAGGCGAGAAAAUCGUUCAAGUGGCUCGACAUCCUGCAACCGUUUGUCGCACAGUACAAUGAGGCGGACACGCACAGAUCAAUCGGAAUGACACCGUCAGACGUCGAUAAAACAAACGAAAAUCAAAUAUUACAAAAGUUCAAUAAAUUGAAAUCAAAGAUACCCAUUAGAAAACCUAAACUGAAAGUGGGUGACCGUGUGCGCAUCACUGUGAAAAAAGAAGCGUUUGCCAACAAGUACAAAAGCAAUUGGACGAGAGAGAUUUUCACAGUUUCCAAAGUCAUUGCCACUAGACCGGUUAUAUACAGAAUUACUGACGCUCAAGGUGAAGAAAUAGAAGGGUCAUUUUACGAGAAGGAAUUACAGAAAACUGUCUUGUAA